AGGCCAACACGCGGCUGAACCAGGCUGAACUGAGGAAAGCUAGAACGUCAUCGUGGUUUACGUCUUGCCCUUGCCACAGCAGAGACUCUGCCUGACUUUGGAGGCACGGAAUUAUCAGUAGUAAACACACUCUCCUGGUGCUGCUGCUGCCUCCACUGUACUCAGACCCAGGUAGCACAGGAUUGUCCAUCCUCCAGCAGCUCAGCGCAACGGUGUGAACUCAGCCUGUUUCAGAGCCUCCCCACCAUGACCUCCAAGAAGCUGGUGAACUCGGUGGCUGGUUGUGCUGAUGACGCCCUUGCUGGCCUGGUGGCCUGCAACCCCAACCUGCAGCUCCUGCAGGGCCACCGCGUGGCCCUCCGUUCUGACCUGGACAGCCUCAAGGGCCGGGUGGCACUGCUGUCGGGUGGGGGCUCUGGCCAUGAGCCUGCCCAUGCUGGUUUCAUAGGGAAAGGGAUGCUGACCGGGGUCAUCGCAGGAGCCGUGUUCACCUCCCCAGCAGUGGGUAGCAUCCUGGCAGCCAUCAGGGCAGUGGCCCAGGCCGGCACAGUGGGGACCCUCCUCAUCGUGAAGAACUACACUGGGGAUCGGCUCAACUUCGGCCUGGCCCGGGAGCAGGCCCGGGCUGAAGGCAUCUCAGUGGAGAUGGUGGUGAUCGGGGAUGACAGCGCCUUCACCGUCCUGAAGAAGGCAGGCCGGCGGGGGCUGUGUGGCACGGUGCUUAUACACAAGGUGGCAGGUGCUCUGGCCGAGGCAGGUGUGGGGCUGGAGGAGAUCACAAAGCGGGUGAACGUGGUUGCCAAGGCCAUGGGUACCCUGGGGGUGAGCUUAUCCUCCUGCAGCGUCCCUGGUUCCAAACCCACCUUCGAGCUCUCAGCCGAUGAGGUGGAGCUGGGCCUGGGGAUCCACGGGGAAGCUGGUGUGCGCCGGAUAAAGAUGGCAACUGCUGAUGAGAUUGUGAAACUCAUGCUCGACCACAUGACAGACACCACCAAUGCGUCCCAUGUGCCUGUGCAGCCCGGCUCUUCAGUUGUGAUGAUGGUCAACAACCUGGGUGGCCUGUCAUUCCUGGAACUGGGCAUCAUAGCCGAUGCUGCCGUUCGCUCCCUGGAGGGCCGUGGGGUGAAGAUUGCCCGUGCCCUGGUGGGCACCUUCAUGUCAGCACUGGAGAUGCCUGGCAUUUCUCUCACCCUCCUGCUGGUGGAUGAGCCUCUCCUGAAACUGAUAGAUGCUGAAACCACUGCAGUAGCCUGGCCUAAUGUGGCCGCAGUCUCCAUUACUGGGCGGAAGCGGAACCGGGUAGCCCCUGCCGAGCCCCAGGAGGCCCUUGAUUCCACUGCUGUAGGAGGCUCAGCCUCGAAGCGGAUGGCGCUGGUGCUGGAACGGGUGUGCAGCACCCUCCUGGGCCUGGAGGAACACCUGAAUGCCCUGGACCGGGCUGCUGGUGAUGGCGACUGUGGCACCACCCACAGCCGUGCGGCCAGAGCAAUCCGGGAGUGGCUGAAGGAGGGCCCACCCCCUGCCAGCCCUGCCCAGCUGCUCUCCAAGUUGUCUGUCCUGCUCCUGGAGAAGAUGGGAGGCUCAUCUGGAGCGCUCUAUGGCCUGUUCCUGACUGCGGCUGCCCAGCCCCUCAAGGUCAAGACCAGCCUCCCAGCCUGGUCUGCUGCCAUGGAUGCCGGCCUGGAAGCCAUGCAGAAGUAUGGAAAGGCUGCCCCAGGGGACAGGACUAUGCUGGAUUCUCUGUGGGCAGCAGGGCAGGAGCUCCAAGCCUGGAAGAGCCCCGGAGCCGAUCUGUUGCAAGUCCUGACCAAAGCAGUCAAGAGUGCCGAAGCUGCAGCGGAGGCCACCAAGAAUAUGGAAGCUGGAGCCGGAAGAGCCAGUUAUAUCAGCUCAGCACGGCUGGAGCAGCCAGACCCCGGGGCAGUGGCAGCUGCUGCCAUCCUCCGGGCCAUCCUGGAGGUCUUGCAGAGCUAGGGUGUGUGACUGCCUCCCUUGGCCUCAGCUCCUCUCAUUGCUGUGCUGAGGUGGCCUUUGUCACUUCUUUCUGCCUUCCAACCGUCACUUUCCCCUGGCCUGGCUCCAUUGGCCCACCCUCUAAGUUGAGCAGGAAAUCCUCCACCAAGCUUCCAGAACUACAGACAGCACCCAGAGCGAGCUAGAGUGGGUCCCUGUGCCUCUCCAGCAUGCCCUUUCCCUUUGUGAGAGGGUGGAGUCCCUGGGUCAUGCCCUCCCUUGCCAGUUCUGGGCUUCAGAGAUAAGGCAUUUUCCUUGUGCAGCCUUUAUCUGGCAAUCCUAAUUUGGUUUUAAGACUCCCUGUGAAAUGCCUUCUGCACCUUAAUCCCAAUGAGCAUGGAAAAGAAAGUUAAUAAACUAUAAUACGUGGAAGCAAGAAAGCCACUGCCUCCUCUGAGGGACCUUUUCCCAUGCGUGUAAACAAAGGGGCCCACAGCCCUGGCUGCAGGCAUCAUGACCCAUCUUCUACCAGGCAGAUCUUUAUUACCUGAGCCCCUAAAUCAGUGUCUCCUCAGCUGGGCUGCUUCCACUGAGACCCCCGACCUGUUCCCUUUCCAGUACACACACCUGAUUCGUGUAAGAAUGGUAGAACGGCUUUUCUCAGCAUCGAAUUAACAAUUCAGUGGCUCCUCGGGAGUCAAAUGGGCAUUUGGGACACCAGAAGAAAAAUAAAUCAUCAUAGUCUAAGGUUCGGUUGUAGAUCAGAAAAUGCAGCCAGGCCGGGCAUGGUGGCUCACAUCUGCAAUACCAGCACUUUGUGAUCCCUUACACUCAGGAGUUCAAGACCAGCCUGGGCAACAUGGUGAAACCCUGGCUCUACCAAAAAAUACAACAUUAGCCAGGCAUGGUAGUGUGCCUGUAGACCUAACUUCCUGGGAGGCUGAGUUGGGAAGAUGGCUUGGGCCCAGGUGGUCGAGGCUGCAGUGAGCUGUGAUCAUGCCACUAAACUCCAGCCUGGGCAACAGGGGGAGGGGAGGGGAGAGGAGGGCUGUGGCCAAGCCAGCCCCUAGGUCUCUUUCUAGAGCAAUCACUGAUGGCACCAGGGUGAGCAGGUGCAUUCUGUGCAUGUGGAGACCAAUAGCACGUGCCUGGCACGCAUGUAGGGUAGGGAGUGGUAAAGGCACUGGCUGUUAACUCAUACACAUGAUCUGAAAUCUGGUUCUGCUUUAACCUGGUUACAUGAGCUAAGGCCUAUUUUUUAGCCCCUUGGGAUCUGUAAAAUUAGAAUGGUACCCACCUCACGGGGACAUGAAAGGAUUCCAAUGAACUGAUGAAGAUGAAGCCCAGCACAGUCCAAGUGCUCACUCACUGGGAGUUAUCACAAGGGUUGGGCCCUCAGCCCCUCCCAGGUCAUCCACUCCACCACUAGCUAGUAGGAAACAGCCUCCUGUGCCCCCCAACCCCCGUCACCUAUUUCGCCCAAAUUGGCUGUAGGCUCCCCCAGUGCCUGGGCUUCUCUACCCAGGGUCUUGUCUGUCAGCUGCACCGUAUGUCCCUGACCACAAGGCACCUGCACAGGGGUGUGUGCCCAGCAGCGGCGAAGGAGGCUGGCCUCAGACAGUGGCCUGUGGAUCCCAGCUCUGUCACUUCCUGGCUGGGUGACCUCAACCUAGUCACUUAACCUUUUUGAGUCUUGUUUUCUCAGAUUAUGAAAUAGGAAAAAUUUCCUUCCUCCUGAGAUAAGCAAGUGCCAUUAGCAAUUAAGGACAUCCGCACAUAAAUGAGCUGCAUGUGAAUCUACACAUGCCAUUCCAUGAAGACAGAGGAUCGUGUGGAUCUUUGGUGCCUUCCAGUUGGCCCCUCCCUAGGUCUGUGACGGUCAGACCUGUCCUGAGGCUUUUACAAAUUGGCCCAGAACUCAUUUAACCACAGCAUCAUUUCAUCAGAGGGCUGCUAUUAGAGACUGAAUGAAUGUGUCCCCCCCGCAAAUUCCUGUGUUGAAAGGCUCACCCCCACUAUGGUAGUGUUAGGACGUGGGGCCUUUGGGAGGUGGUUGGGUUAUGAGGGUGGAGCCCCAGAGAGCUCUCACACCCUUUCCACCAUGUGAGGUUAUGGUGACAAGACGGUCUCUGAGGAAGCUGGCCCUUGCCACACACCACAUUUGCCAGUGCCUUGAUCUUGGAUGUCUACAGCCUACAGAACUGUGAGAAAUAAACGCUUGUUGUUUAAGCCA